AUGGCUGAACCCGACAUCUUCACCAAGUACCCUUCCCUCAAAAAGAUGCAAGGACUAGAUGACAAAGACAUUGUCGAAUCGCACGACGGCCGCGAGGUCACCCUGCUCAAAUACAUUUACAACCAUCCUAACCUCGACACCAAGCUGCGGGGUUCGCCACCGGAUAUCCUCGCCGCCAUGGACGAGUUUGCCUCUCAGGAGGACUUCCUUAUCAACAUUGGCCCCGAUAAAGCCGAUAAACUGACCGACCUGAUCUGCGACCACCUCCCCCGCGUGCUGGUGGAGCUGGGCGGUUAUGUCGGGUACUCGGCCAUCCUUUUCGGAAGCAUCCUCCAAGAAAUCGACGAGCAGCUCAAAGUUGACCAGGACGAGGGCUGGGAGACCGGGCUCGGCAAGUUCAAGAUCUACAGCGUGGAAAUCGACCCGCUCAUCGCGUCCGUCGCCAUGAGUCUCAUCAGCCUCGCGGGUCUCCAGGAUAUUGUUGAAGUGGUCGUGGGAGCAUCCGCACAUACCUUGCAGCGGUUCUACGACGAAGGCAUCUUGGCUGAGACCGGCAUUGACCUGCUGUUCAUGGACCAUGAUGAGGCGCUUUAUGAGUCGGAUGUGAAGCUGGCCGAGAAAUUGGGCUUUUUGGAUAAGGACGGCGCGUUGGUGAUUGCCGAUAAUGUUGUGAGGCCUGGUGCGCCGGCAUAUCGGAGCUACAUGCGGAAGAACCCGCGCCUACGCGAGAGUUGGGGCUUGCCCGCUUUGAUUGUCCCGGGAGACUACGAGGAUGAGCUGGAGAUUAGUGUGGUUGGUACCAGUGGCGCGAAAUCGGUGGGCGUGAAGCCUCAUGGUUUGAAGAAACCCAGCCAACCCGAGGAAGGGAAAGCAUUGCAUGGGAAUGGAGGCGAGGAUGGAGCUGGUAAUGAGGAGAUACCUGAUCGGAAAAGGAAAAAGAUUUCUACUUGA